CCCGUCUCUGUCCCAGACACAUCAGGUUGUGUGUGGGCAGAACUGUACAUUCCUGGUACAGGCGAACGGUACGGUGCUGGCUGUAGGAGAGGGUAGCUAUGGGAGACUGGGCCAGGGCAACUCUGAUGACCUAUAUACCCCCACAGUCAUCUCAGCCUUGCAAGGCUACGUGGUGACCCAGCUGGUGACCUCUUGCGGUUCUGACGGCCACUCCCUGGCCCUGACGGAGACGGGGGAGGUGUUCAGCUGGGGUGACGGGGACUAUGGGAAGCUGGGACAUGGGAACAGUGAGAGACAGAGACGACCAAACAGGUGGAGGCUCUGCAGGGAGAGGAGGUGGUGCAGUUGGCGUGUGGGUUCAAACACUCAGCCGUGAUUACAACAGACGGAAGCUGUUCACCUUCGGUAGUGGAGACUCUGGUCGUCUGGGUCAAAGAUCAACGGCCAACAAGAUGCUGCCUGAGAGAGUCACGGCACUGGAGGGAUAUCACAUUGGACAGGUGUCCUGUGGUAUCAACCACACCCUGGUGCUGUCCUCCGAUGGGAUGAGUGUCUGGUCCUUUGGUGACGGGGACUAUGGGAAGCUGGGGACCGGUCCCUGCACUGUGAAGUCUUAUCCUCAGAAAGUGGAGCAACUGUGUAACAAGGGAAUCAAGAAGGUUGGCUGUGGGACCCAGUUCUCUGUUGUCCUCGCCAAAGAUGGGCUUGUUUACACCUUUGGACAAGAGCGGUUGAUCGGCCUGCCAGACUCUCUGUUGAAGAACCACAACCGUCCCCAGGUGGUGCCAGCCCUGGAGGGGGUGUUUGUAGAGGACAUAGCUGUGGGCUGUGAGCAUGUCCUGGUUUUGUCUUCUACCGGAGAUGUCUAUGCCUGGGGCUGUAACUGUGAGGGACAGCUUGGCCUGGGUCACUCAAGCCCAGUGAAGGAGCCCACCCUGGUGACAGGCCUACAGGGGAACAAUGUCAGACAGAUCUCUGCUGGUCGCUGUCACAGCUCAGCCUGGACCACACCCUCACCCUCUGUCAAAGCCUCAGGUGCCUCAGCCAACCUGCAGCUGGGUCUGCCCCAGUCUAUCCCUCCCCAGUACAACGCUCUGAAAGACUGCAGCCCUGACGUCCUCAACACCCGCCUCCGGGUGCUCUACCACUUCUCUGACCUCAUGUACAAGUCCUGA